UUGCACCCAAAUCUCUUAACUCUUCUGCCAUGAUCCAUUCUUUUCUUUUAUUUUUCCUUUCAUUUUCAGGAGUUCGAUCUCUAGGUGUUAAUUAUGGCCAAGUUGGUGAUAAUUUGCCAUCACCGGAUAAAGUUUUGGAGUUAUUAACUUCACUUAAGAUCUCAAAAGUGAGAAUAUACGAUACAAAUCCACAAAUAUUGACUUCAUUUGCCAACUCCAACACAGAGCUCGUUGUGACCAUAGAAAACGAGAUGCUAACGCAGCUUUUGGAUCCUCAACAAGCCCUCCAAUGGGUUGCAAUCCACAUCAAGCCCUAUUUCCCGGCCGUAAGGAUCACCGGAAUUGCGGUCGGGAACGAGAUAUUCACCGGGAACGACACGGUGCUAAUGGCGAACCUCAUCCCGGCUAUGAUUGCCAUUCAUGAAGCGUUGGGGGAACUAGGGCUAGGUUCGUACAUUCAUGUCUCAACUCCAACAUCCUUGGCUGUUCUUGAGGAAUCCUUCCCUCCUUCAGCUGGUAGCUUCAAAGGUGAAGUGUCAAGCUACAUUUCACAAUUUUUGCAGUUUUUGUCAAGAACAAAAGCGCCAUUUUGGAUCAAUGCAUACCCUUAUUUUGCUUACAAAGAUAACCCUGAUAUCAUAUCUUUGGAUUAUGCGCUUUUGAAUCCCAUGACUUACUUGGUCGAUCCUUCCACUAAGCUAAAUUAUGACAAUAUGUUGUAUGCUCAAGUAGAUGCAGUGAUAUUUGGUAUGGCAAGGCUGGGUUUUGAUGGGAUUGAAGUGAGGGUUUCAGAGACUGGGUGGCCUUCAAAAGGAGACUUGGAUGAAAUUGGAGCAAAUUCUGAAAAUGCAGCCAUUUACAAUAGGAAUUUAUUAAGAAGACAAUUGGCAAAUGAAGGGACUCCUUUGAGGCCAAAUUCGAGGCUCGAAGUAUAUCUUUUUGCUCUGUUUAAUGAAGACAUGAAGCCUGGGCCAACCUCUGAAAGAAACUAUGGUCUCUAUCACCCUGAUGGAACUAUGGCUUACAAUAUGGGCCUUUCAACCUCUUCUGCAUCCAUCUCUUUAUCUUCUUCGGCCACUAAGCUUCAUUUAGUGAAUGCAGGAUAUCGAGGUGGCUGAUGAGUCGUGGUAGUGGAUUACUGCAUCAGACUGGGAGGUCCUCAUUUUUUACACAAACCCGCAUGUGCUGGAUCGUACGCUCUAGAGAGAGACAAGAGAGGCAGAGAGAUCGAGUGAGUGCCAAUUACAGUCAUUGC